CGCGGCUUGCACGUGAUCUCUUGUAACCUAGCUGCCCCUUCCGCUGCUGGCCGUCACGAAGGCGGCGGCGGCUUCCUUCCUCGUCUCCCCACAAGAGAGAGAGAGAGAGAGAGAGAGAGAGCGAGCCAGCGAACUUCGUAGCCAUGGCGUGGGAGGAGGAGGCGGCGGUGGAAGAGGAGUACGAGUACGGGGAGGAGAUGGAGGGGUCGGGGUCGGAGGCGGAGGACGUGGUGGUGGGGCAGAUGCCGACGGUGAUGGUGCCCAAGCACAUCAACAAACGCGCCCUCAAGAACAAGGCCCUCUCCGUCUCCCUCGACAAGAAAGCCCUCAAGGAUUUCGUGACCGGAUUUCACAAGAGGAAGAAGAAGAGGAGAAAGGAGGCGCAGAAGAUUUUGCAGGAGAAGGAGAGAAAGAAGCGAAUCGAGGAGCGCAAGCGGAGAAAGCAAGAGAAAGAAAUUGCGCUGUAUGGAAGAGUCCUGUCAUCAGAUAAUGCUGAUGGUGAAGAUGUUGAGAAUGAUGGUGAUGAAAUGGAAACUGAUGAUUUGCCUGAACCUGAAGUAAAAACAUACGAAGAUGGUGGGACUAAAAUUACGGUCACCACGAGCGAAAUCACUCCUGAAGAUGACGAUGAAGACCUUGGCCCGAAAAGGAUCACCCCUGCAUCGACGGGCUACGCCAACAAGAGCGUCUCCAAGAAGAGUGCUAGUCUAGGUGUAAAGAAGAAGCCAUCGAAGAGAACCUUCAGGAAUAAGAGUAAAUCUAAGAAGGGCGACCAGAAGCGAGGUGCUGCAAAGGGUAAACGGAAGAACAAAGGGAGGAAGUGAGUGAAUGUUUCUGUAACCACUCUGUAGAAAUGUUUGCACCUUUGGCCAGGGCCAGAGGCCAGAGCUGCCGUUUUUGCCAGACACGAUGAACUUUGUACUCGGUUCCUGAUUCAUCAUCCAAAUGAGGCUAAUCAUGCUCAGCAGCCAAUUGAUUUGUGCCACUGUUGCAAUGCCAUGCUAGAAAAUAGAAAUUCACCUAGCUUCAUGCCUGCCUUCCUGUUACUUGACAUGAAUUUUCCUGGACUGCAAGUGAUCGUUGUAAUUGUGUUGCUUCUGGUUUAUGUUCAAACGUUCCGGUUAAGCCUCAA